AUGUUUUUAAAAGAAGAUGAAGAUGAAGUAGAUUUAUAUGAAGGGUUAGAGGCAGACAACCUGGGCACGAUUGAAAAAAAAGUCGAAGAGAAAAAAAAGGAAGUCGAAAAAGUUGUCAAACCGAAAGAACAAUUGUAUGAAAGGUCUAGAAAAAGUUUAUAUAAAAAGUUGAGCGGCGCAAAAGCAACAUACACCAAAAAAGAUCCAUGCCUAUUUCUUGGUGCUCCUCAAGCAAUCGAAGACAUAGAAGGAGGAGGAGAACAAAAAGUAGAGUAUCUAUUGUUAUUAAAUUUACUUUAUUUUAUAAAUGAUGUUUUGAUAAGGAAACAUUGUGAGAAUAUUGGUAAAGUUAAAAGAGUUGUAAUUAUAGAAGAUGAAAAUUAUUGUAAGUCUUUAGGUAUGUGCCUAGUAGAGUUUUACCAUUUAGACAGUUCACAAAAUUAUGUACUUUAUUUAAAAGAAAAACUAAAAGCUGAAGUAAGGAAAUUAGAUUUGCAUAUAGAAGAACAAAUUAAAAAAGAUGAGCUGUAUAACCAUGGAGGGUAUUUAGAUUACAACAUUAUAGAUUUAUUGAAAAGAGAAUAUGCAGAAUUUUUUCAAACAUCUGAUAAUGUUUAUGAUGCGUUAAAUAAGUCCUUGAAUAUGAAUAGACAUCCUCUAUUUGCAUGGUUUAAUACGAGUUUAAAAGAUGUCCUGAAUACUUAUGUUAAAUCAGAGUUAAAAAAAAAGAAAAAGGGGGCUAUGAAAAAUGAUUAUAUAAACAGAAAAAAUGAAAGUAACUCCGAUACAGACAGUGAUAUGUCUACACAUAUUCUCGACUACGUUUCAAAAAAAAAUAAAUUUCUUUCUUACAACAAAUAA